ACACAUCACCGCAAACCCGCGUCUGAUUACCGCCGUCAGCUCAUGGUGGGUGGAUGUCAGGGACGCCGUCUCCGGUGAAUGUUUUUAAAGACAGCCCCUUCGAGACAUCUUUAUCGUUUCUUCUUUUUUUGGGGGGGGGGGCGCAAUUCCGCUUUCGUGUCGGCUUACAACGGGGCUGUGAAGCAGCUGGCCGAUGCUGUCAGUGUCAUUAGAGACUGACAUCGUCUGAAAACGGAGGAAACGACGCGACGUCAACGGAGGACUCACCGGCGAGACGUUGGUUGUUUUUUUUUUUUAAAUCUUACAGCGAAUAAAGACUGACAGAAUCUAAUUCGGCGACGUCGCGGAGAUGGAAAUCAAAAGUUGCCGACCGAGAUUCAUUCAAAGCCUUAGUCUAUGCGGAAAUGAUGGUUUCCCAUGUUGUGGUCACAUUGAACACGUUGUCAUCACAUAAGCGGUUUUUUUUGGUCCGUUUUUGUAAGAAUUGGGACUCAGAACAGUGGUAGCCAACACUAGCCCUCUCCUCCGCGUUUCCUUUCUCACGUAUUACUCGUGACUACCUUACACACCUGUAAAGGCUCUGUUUCAUAGUCAUGGCUAUCUCAACAGUCGACUUGAGCCCAGUGGACCACAUCUGUACCAAGAGUCAACGGGAUGUCGCCCUGAAGCAUUUUCAUUCUGCAUGAGAGAAACCAUUUUAAAUCCACUUUACCUGCCAAAUUCAUUCAGAGUUACCCCACAAGGAAUAAGAUUUUGACUUCGUUUUUUUUCCUUCGUUUUUUAUUUUUAAUUUGUUUAGUACUACUUGUUGACUAUCUGACCAUGUGACCCCGAGCAGUGCGUGCUGGUGCAGGUGUGUUGCUUAUUUUUUAAUGAUGGUCUUAUAAAGUGAAGGGUGGAGGUUCCCCACCGUGAUGCUAGACGUGGUGAAGAUGAAGGAGGUGUGCAGAAUCUGCGCCCGAGAGCUCUGCGGCAACCAACGCCGAUGGAUCUUCCAUCCUGCCUCCAAGCUCAACCUGCAGGUCCUGCUCUCCCACGCCCUGGGCCAUGAGCUCACCCGGGAUGGCCGCGGCGAGUUCGCCUGCUCCAAGUGCACCUUCAUGCUGGACCGCAUGUACCGUUUUGACACGGUGAUCGCCCGGGUGGAGGCUCUGUCUCUGGAGCGCCUGCACAAGUUAUUGUUAGAAAAAGACAGACUGAGACAGUGUAUCGGCGGCCUCUACCGCAAGAACAACUCAGAAGACAGCGACGUCACUCUCUCCGGGUCUAGCAUCAGAGCUGGGACCGAGGGGGGGUCUGAAGACUUGCCUGUGGUGGAUCUCUCAGCUCUCCAGGAUGUUCGAUAUUCCGAGAUGAUCCAGGAUGAUCUGGCGUACUCUGUAUAUGAGGCUUGGGCUGAUAAGGAGGACCCAGCACUAGACCCCCAGGCCCACCACCAACAUUCUCAUCAACACCUCCAUCAGUGCCCGGGAUCAGACUCCCCUGCCGGGCAGAAGUUAAGGCGCUGCAGGGGUUGUGCGGCCCUCCGUGUGGCUGAUUCUGACUAUGAGGCUGUAUGUAAGGUGCCUCGCAAGUUAGGCCAGAGGAGUACCUCCUGUGGACCCUCCACUCGCUACUCAGCCAGUGCCAUAGGAGCUGAGCAUGCUCCCACAGCCUCUGGAGGGUCUGAUCUUACACCUGUUACCUCUGAGUCCUCUUCCACAGGGCUAGGGAGCGACAUGACCCUGUGUGAGAGAAAAAGCCCUAGUCUUGUCUCAUCCAUAGAAUCCCUCGACACUGCUGUGGAUAUGGCGUGCACCUCUGCCACUUACAAAGAGAGGGAAGAAGCUGAACAAGAAAUUGGGGCAACUAAAGAAAAAGAUCCAGGACAGAUUCGGUCAAGAAGGGAAACAUCAUGGGGCAAUCCCCCAAGUGAAAGCCCUAUCUCAGGGCUUGAGUUGGCGAUGAGCACAGAGAGGGGCUGGGAGUACAGGCCUGUUAAAUUCCAUGAGGGCAGCAAGAUUCCAGUUCUCGUCAAAACUAAAGUAGACCAAGGCCUCACCCUGCCUUUACUUGUUCCACUUAGGGCCCCCUAUGGAGGGGCUGUGGAAUGUGUGCUAUACCCCCAUCAGCCUGUGCCAGACAUAGUCACACCAUCUACCCAACAAGAGCUGCAGGCAGAGCUGACAGAGAUGGAGGAGCAGUGGAUGGAUGACUAUGUGCAAUGUGGACCUUUCCGCUUCCAGCAGAAGCUGAUUGAUGAGCAGCAGGGCCAGUUGAGUCAGUAUGAGACUGCUGCAGGCCAGUGUGUUGGUGAACUACAGAAGGCUCAGGACCAGGUCUGCUCCCUACAAGCCAAGAUCAGAGAGAGUGAAACCAGAAACCAGAAGCUGCAGGUGCGUCUUGGAGAGAUGGAAUUGGAUCUGGGGGCGGCCAGAGAAGAGGCUCAGAGACAGGAACGCAAUGUCCAGAACCUCAGUGACGCUGUUGGCUCCAAGGAGACUGAGACUGCGGAGUUGUACAGGGUGAUUGAAAAGCAGAAUAAGAUGCUGUGUUCUCUCAAAGAGCUUGCCAACAGAAACCAGCUGCAGCAGCUGCAGAUGUCUGGGGCAGAGACCAUCCGGGGUCAAGGUGAGGUGCUGGGUCUCCAGGCCUCUCUCUUCCAGACUCAGCUGGAGCUGCAGGCUGGCCAGAGGGCUCAGCGCCAGGCCACCAGGACACAGGAGGACCUGACACGGGCCCUGAAGCGCCUGGAGAAAGACCUAGAGGGGGCGUUGCAGCAUAGAAGGGAGACGGAGAAACACAACCAGGAGCUACAGCUAGCUCUUGAGAAGGCUAGAUCUGCUCUGCAGGAGCGAGAGGAGCAUCAUAGGGAAAGGGAGGGAGAGAGAGAAAGAGAGGAAGAGGAGAGACAGAAGACAAUCAGAGAGCUGAGAAGCUCACUGCAGACCAAAGAACAGCUGGUGCAGGACUACUCUGAGUUGCUGGAGCAGCAGCAUGAUCCAAAGGAGAAGAAGGACUCUCUACUUCAAAAACUCCGGCAGCGCAUCAAGGACAGAGACAGAGCACUAGAGCGGGCAGUGGAUGAGAAGUUCCGCUGCGUUGAGGAGAAGGAGGAGGAGACACGUCGGCUGCAGCUGCUGCUGAGAGAGAAGGAGAGAGACCUGGAGAGACAGCGUUGUGUCCUUGCCAACAACGAGGAGACCAUCACUAGCCUGGAGGUGCUGGUGCGGGGUAAGAGUCUGGAGGUGGAGCAGGUGAGUGAGACCUGGAGGAGUGCACAGCGCCAACUGCGAGAGAAUGAGGAGCGGCAGGGUCGCACUCUGAGCGAGAGGGACACACUCAUCAACCAGCUGCAGACCGCCCUGCGCUCACGCACCCAGGAGGCAGAGGAUAUGUGUCGUUCCCUGCUGGGCCAGUUCAAGGAAGGUCCCAACAAUGUUCUGGAGGAAUUGAGGGUCCGUCUCCAGCUCAAAGACCGGCUCUUCCAAGAGGUGCUCUCAGACCGCACCCGCCAAGCCCAGGAACACCAGGCACAGGUUCAGGAUCUGCUCAACACCAUCAGUACGAGGGACCAGUACAUCCAGGACUCUGCGGGAAGGCUGGGCGAGGUGAUGAAUGAGCAGACAUCGAGGCUCCAGGAGCUCCGCAGACAGCUGACCUCUGGUUUUCAGGUGUCAUGUGUUGGAUCAGGAUCUGUCUCUGGGCCAGACUCCAGUAUAGAGCUCCAGGCCCUGCAAGAAGAGUUAUGUUUGGCCCUGAAGAGGGAGAAGGAGGCCCAGGAGGAGAACAGGAGUCAAACUUCCAUGCUGGACUCCCUAAUCAGGACGCUCAGUGUCAAGGAAGAGAUCAUUAGGAGCCUCCAGAGGCAGCUGGUAGAGCCCUCAAGCCUUUCACUGGUUGAGAGACUGACCCAGGAAAUCCAGGAGCUGAGGGAAAGCCUGGUCCAGCAGGAUUUGCCCCCAGCUAGAGGCCCUGUCGAAGGCAGGGACCGACAGAACAACCGGCAGUCCGAAUUUGGAGAACUGAGUACAGAAGAUGAAGAAGGAGAGGAUGAUGAUGCCAACAGUGAGUAUGCUGAUAGCAUCGAUGAUGAAGAGGAGUCCAAACUGACUGCCAGGGUCCUGGCCAACAUGAUGGGUCCUGGAGAUGCAGGAAAGGCAUCUUUAUCCCAGGAUAUCUCAUUUGAGGGCCAGGGGCUAGCCGAGGUCAAACAGUUGGUGGAGCAGAAGAGGGCGGUGGAGAGAGAGCUGGGGGAGCUCAAGGCUCAGCUGGAGAAGGCCGGUUUCUCCUCCCUCUCACAGCUGAGGAGAGCCAUGUUCAGCCUGCGUGCAGAGAAUGAAGAUUUAAAGCAGCGGCUGACUGGAGGAGCACAGCCUGGCACCGAUGAACAAUGCGAGGAACAGAAGGCGCUUGAGGAUGAAGAGGAGGAGGAGCUGGAUGUGACUAUAGAAGGGAGUGAGGAGGAAGAGGAAGGUGAAGACUCUGAGCAGUGGGACACCUGGGAUGGUGAGCUGUGCCCAGCCAAACCGCAGCUCAGAGACAACCAGGGACAGAGGAGAGGAAACAGGCCUGUGUCUCUGGACCUGGGGGUCCUGCUGUCCCACUCCUCACAGGAGAACGAGCCAGCCGCCGGCCGCCAGCAGAGUGCUGUUGCCACUGUGAUGCGUGAGAAGACGGUUCGUCUCCAGCAGGAGAGCAAGGAGCUGCAGGAGAAACUGAUGGUGUCUGAAGCCACCGUCCAGGCCCAAGCCGAGCAGCUCAAGGACUAUAGGGACCUACUCACUGAAACAUCUGUGCAACAGGACAGUAAACAGAUCCAGGUUGACCUUCAGGACCUGGGCUAUGAGACGUGUGGCCGCAGCGAGAACGAGGCGGAGAGAGAGGACACCAGCAGCCCAGAGUUUGAUGACUUGGAGAUGUGCACUUCUCUGGAGUGUGGUUCCCAGUGGUGGCCUGCCAACACCAGCAGUAGUUACACAAAGACCAGCUCCCAGCCUGCUGGUUAUGGGGACGAGGUCCAGUCUCUCCAGCGGCUUGUGGAGGACCUACGCUCACAGUUGUCUCGCUCUCAGGCGGUGAUCCGUGGGCUCCAGAGCCGCCUGCGCUCCCUGUCCGUGUCCAGUGACUGUGGACCCUCCACACCCCGUAAAGUCAACUGGUCCUUCCAGGCCUCGCCUUCCCAGAGUGGGGCAGAAGAUGACGAGGGCUGGCAGUCCUCUGACGGCGGCCCGAUGCCCUCAUCGCGUAACCUUUACUCAGACAAGGACUUCCAAGAGCUGGUGUCCCGCAUAGGCGCCCUGGAAGACCAACUGAGGAAAGGUAGCAAGAUGUCUGCCAGUGAGGAUGGAAAGGCUGCCACCUGGCCAGGUAAAUUUGACAGGCUGAUCCAGGCUCAGGCCAAGGAGCUGUCCAACCUACGCCAGCGGUUGCGGGAGGGCAGAGGCGUGUGCCACAUCCUAAAUCAACAUCUGGGAGACACCACGAAGGCCUUUGAAGAGCUGCUGAGAGCCAACGAUAUAGACUACUACAUGGGCCAGAGCUUCAGAGACCAGCUGGCACAGAGCAGCGCUCUGGCACAACGAGUCAGUGCGAAGAUCAGCGGACGAGAUCAUCCAGACGAUCCAGAUGAUAAGACAGAGCUGCUUGCCAUCCAGCUAAGUAAGGAGCUUCAGCAGAAGGACAAGGUCAUCGAGUCGCUCCGUGCCAAACUAAACCAACACCAGUCUCAUCAUUACCCUCACCGCUCCGACACGCCCUGCAGCAGCCAUGCCCUAUCCGAGACCACCGACCUCUCUGACCGCAUCUCCUUUGUGUCCGACGAGCAGGGCUCCACCAAUGAGGGCCUGGAGCUUUGCUCUGAAAUGGAUGCCGCCAGUGAGUUUGGUCAGGAGGACACAGGGGUUUCCAUCAGUGCAAGCACAGAUUGUCUCUCCCACAGUGGUGCCAUGUCUUGCCAUCCUUCUGUCCCUCCAUCCAUCACUUCAUCACACAGACCCCAGUCCUCUGUCAGCUCUCCCAGCAUGCAAUGCACUCCUCAUAAAGCAGCUGACACGCAGACUCAGACAGUCAGUAUGGAAGAGUUAUUGGUGUUUGUAAUGCUUGAUGGGCUGAAGGUCAUCAAAAGCUGUCCCUACUCCUUACCUCUAUCCCCUGCCACCCUGAUUGCUCCUCCACCCAGAGGGCACCCCUGCCCCUUGACCCCUUCUCUGCUACCCCGCGACCCCGUUACCCAGGCAGCAGGAGUGUGGGUUUUUUCCUUGGCUGAUGUGCACCAGGAGCUGCAGAUGUUACAAAGACAGCUAGGAGACAGUGAGAGGUUUUCCAUGCCGCAGUCCAAGCCUCUCCAAGGUUUCACAAUGUCGCCUCACCAACAGCCCAACUGCUCAGGCUUUCUGCCGCUGUCUUACCAAGGAAUCUUGCCCUCUCCUUUUGGCGGUGCUCCCAGUGGCAGUCUCAGUGCCCGCUCAAAUACCAGUCCAGUCAUCAAAGCUGGGAUGGGCUUCCCGGAGAACAGUGCAUUGUGGGAUAUGCCCUAUAGUGGCCAACCAAUGGGAAUCGGAGCUGAUGUGUCAUCAGGAUCAUCGGGUUACCAGUCAGGCACCAGUCACACAAGCUCAGACCUGAUGAAGGAGCAUUUGAGAGAGAUCCGCAGCCUGAGACAGAGACUGGAGGACUCCAUUCAGACCAACGAUCGCCUCCGACAGCAGCUGGAGGAGAGACUGGCAAACACCGCCAGGGAGAAAGGUGCUCCUACUAACAUCUACAUCCAGGGUGUGGACUCAAUGGGUCAGCUAUCGUGUGAGAUCAGACUCCUGAAGGAGGAGAACCUCAGCCUGCAGAACCAGCUCAAACAGGCCACCAGAGACGGCAGUAAGGAGGUGGACCAGCUGCGGGAAGCCCCACUGUUGGGGCGAGCCAGACUGAAGGAGGUGGAGUUGGAGGCGGAGAGGUGGGCAGAGCAAAGCAAAAGGCUGCAAGCUGAGGCACAAGAUCAUACCCAGGAGAUCGCACAACUCAAACAGGACAGACAGAGGAAUCAUGAGACCAUCAACAGGCUCCAGCAUGAGGUGAGCGUUGUUCAGCAGCAGUUGUGUGAGAGCCGGGGUCUGAUCCACUCUCUGCAGCAUGAGCUCCAGAUGUACCACCGAGUGUGUGGCGUCCCCAAAAACCUUCUCUCUGGUCAGGGCAGCAAUAGCUCCCAGCCAGGGGACAGUGAUGUGACAUUUGACCCCAGACAGUUACACAUUCAGCUGGAGCAGAAGCUGACCGGAGAGGCUGACGCACACCCCCAUGCCAGUAGACAGCUCUUCAAUGAUAAUGUCCCCUCUCCACCGGUUAGAGACACAGGACUCUUCAGCCCCACCUCAGCGCUCUCUCCUACGCAGGAACUCAAGGAAGAAACGGAGGCUGUUGACCAUGCCCCGGCUCUGCAGGGCCAGGCCCCGGACGGCUCCUUCGCCAACCGUCAUGGCCGCCAUGCAUUGGGUUACAUAGAUGACUUCAAGGCUCUGAAGCAACAGAUCCUCAAGGGCAGCACUCUUGUCCAUAAGAUGGAGGCCACCCUGCUUUCCUUGACUGCGUCUGCCCCGCGGGAAUUUGGCCUCAACCAGCUUUCAGAUACAGAUUCGGUCGACAAGCUGCUUACUAACACUAAGAGCCUGCAAGGGAUUCUGGAGGAGGCCAACUCUCUCCUGAGAAUGUUCUGGAGAGCAUCUCUUUCACGUUUCCAGGACUCCACUCAACCCAAGCAGGAGCAGUCUCUGAAGGUGGAGGUCAGUUCUCUCCGUGUGAGGCUCAUGGAGCAGGAGGAGGCUCUAAGGGACACCUCAGAGAGGCUGAGGAGCUCCAACCGCACUAAAGAAAGCAUGGAGCACUUCAUAGUCAGCCAACUGUCAAGAACACGGGACGUCUUGAAGAAAGCCAAGACCAACUUACAGGUAAAAACCCCAGAGGCUUCUGUGAGCUCGCCCUCUCUUCUAGUUGGAGUGUCUUGAGGCCCCAGCAUCCCACCCCAUCGUCUUUCCACAUCCCUGCUGUCCUGGGGUCUGCCCAGGGCAUGGAAACCUCACACCAUCAGCACCCCCUACAGUCAACCUUCCUGUAAUACACCAGCCCCAGCAUCUUCCUGGGAAGUACAUUAUUUCCUCUGUAAAAGGGGAAGCACAACCAAUAAUCCUUCUGGCUCUCUAAUUUGGUUCGGAGACACGCCUCAAUUGAGGGACCUCUGUCUGAGUGGUAACAAGAGCUUUUGCUGUUGAUUGGUGGGUGCUGUGAGAUGUACGAGUAAGAUAACUGUCAGCCGAUGAUGGUUUAUGACAGUGGAUAACUGUUAUUGUCAGGUGCUAUACAUAGUUAAUGUAGGUGGUCGGAAGGGCUUUACACUAAAAGGACCUCAACUCAAGUGUCUCUUCUCAUUUAUCAGAGACCAUUCAGACCUUUUACCUCAGCAGGGAAACAUGUACAAAGUCAAGUUGAAGCCAGCAAAGAAAUGAGCUUUAAAAAGCCAAACCAAUCUCAAGUGCUUCCUCUUAGCUUCUGAUGAGGCUAACUUUUCAUAUUGUGUAUAGUAUGUUGCAUGUUGUUUGAGCAGUUUGUGGGAAAGAAGCCAUAUUCUCUGAUGUUAGUUACAGGCAUGUUUUGCCCUUAUGAUACUAAUGCCAUAGCAGUGGCCAGCUACUGAAGAUUGGAUGAGGUGAAAAGCACAGCACUACCAGCAGACAACUUGUUAAAAAUUUAGUAAGGUGGAUCUUGGGCAAGCAUAUUACAUUUUUACCUUUGCGUUGGCCCUUGAAUAUUUAAUUCUCUCAAGGGUAUGCAUUUAAUAAUUUUGGUCAUCCCGCACAAGUCACCUCAGAGUAUUACUGUGUUGCCAUGGAGACAACACUGACCUCCAUGUAUUCAAAAACAUCCUAACGUGUAACAACUGACACCAGAAAGUAUUCUGAGUAAGCUGCUAUGUUUGCUAUUUAAAUAAACAGUAUUAUUAUUAAGCUACUGUAAGGCUAUGGUCAAAAAUCUGUACAGCCUUUGUCAGCCUGAGGAAGAAAGGCGGACAUUUGUGUCAGUGCAAUAUGAUGACUUGUCCCAUUUCCUGUACAACAGAAAAGUGAUGGAGAUUUUAGGUUCAUGGUCCAAGAUGAGUUUUUUUCCUCCUUUUUGUUUGUCAACAAAACUGUACCAUACAAAUGGACCACAUAUUUUGAUUUUUUUUGUUUUUUUGUUAAUCUGUUAAACUUUUUUUAUUUGGUUUUUGUUUUUGUUUUCCUAUGUAAAGGUAAAUUUGUAAAUCUUUUUUAACGUUUCGACUUGCCCCGGUAUGACAAUGCAUUUGUAAAAAAAAAAUCCUUAUUAGAGAAACUAGAAGAAAAUAUGUCUAAUUUCUUCUAUUUAUAUGGAUGGUGUUUCUCACGUUGAUAUUUUCCUAAACUAUUACAGAAAUUGUGACAAUCAUCGGCGAGGAAAACUGGAAAAUUAGUCAUUUACACUGGCUUAGCCAAUGCUGUGUUCUCUGUUUUGUUUUUCUGUACAGCGUAUUGCUUCUUGCCCUUUGUGCAUGAAAUCUGGGUUUUCUGCUCCUAAAUACCUUGCCUGAAAUAUGCAAUACUCGGGUAACUGUGCAAUAACCUUCAUUUUUGCUUUUUGUUGUAUUAGGACAAGCUGUUCAAGUGCCAUGUCAUUUGUUUAGCUCCCAAUAUGUUUUUGUUCGAGCAAAUUUGUCUUUUCCUUUUUCUACAUUAUGCUUUAGACAAUCAGCUUGAGCCCGUUUCCUUGCCCACAUUUGACACACACUCAAUCAUAAUUUGCCAUACUCAUUGUGUGUUUAGUGUAGCACAGAUAAGAAGAAAAAUCCCUUGGAGCAAAGUACAAAAAAAAAAGUUUACACAGAAAAUAUAUGUGUAAUGCAAUUUAAUCAACCAAAGUGAUAAACGUAAGUUGGAUCAAAUGCAAAAAAAUCGUAAAUUUCAAGUAUUGCUUUGUAUAAAUUUCCCCACACUUUAGAAGGACAUCUUACUAUGUCUUUUUGACUUUUUGUGUAUGUGGUCUAGUUAGAACCACAUCUAAUGGAUGUACAUAGUAAAAGUAUGUGCAAGGUUGUUGUUGUUGUUGUUUUUAUUGUCGCUUUAAAGCCCUAGAGUAUUUUUAUGCAUGUGUAAAUGUUUUGGGGUUAAACACAAAAAGAAAAAAAAAUUCAAUAAAAGGGAGAUGAAUAACA